UUAAUUUCCAACUUCAAAUCUAAUACCCGCUUCCAUCCAUUUUUACGCUGAAGUUGAGCACCCUCCUCAUCCAUUCCUCCCCCACUUCAGCAAAAUGUGAUGCGUGGAUGAUCUGAUUUGAUACAGUUCAUGGGGUCUAUAAGCUUGAAGACAUGGGUCAUUAAGGGGCAGGGGAAGCAAUGGCUUUACAAAUGAGCUGUCAGAACAAAAGGCAGAAGCUUGUCGAUUGGAGUGAUGAUGGAGGAGAAAAAUGGGUCAAAUAUUAUUCUUCGCAUCAUCAAAUAUUGUUGGUGGGUGAGGGUGAUUUCUCCUUCUCCCUUUCCUUGGCUCAGUCCUUUGGUUCAGGUUUCAACAUCGUUGCUUCUUCCCUUGACACCUAUGAUCAAGUUGUGAGGAAGUACAAGAAGGCAACGUCAAAUUUGAUUGCCUUAACAAAGAUGAGAGCAUGUGUGUUGCAUGGAGUUGAUGCAACCCAAAUGAAAUUUCAUCCAUACUUGGAAAUGAGGAGAUUUGAUAGAAUUAUAUUCAACUUCCCUCAUGCGGGCUUUCAUGGCAAAGAAGACAACUUCUCCAUGAUUCAGAAACACAAGGACCUUGUACGUGGGUUCUUUAUGAAUGCAGGGAGCAUGCUGAGGUCCAAGGGUGAAAUUCAUAUUAAUCACAAGACCAAACCGCCAUUUGAUGCCUGGUGCAUAAAGGAACUUGGGAUCCAAAGCUUUCUAUGGCCAAUUGAGUGUGUGGAAUUCAAGAAAGAAGAUUACCCGGGUUAUAAUAACAAGCGAGGUGAUGGGUCCAGGAGCGAUGAGCCUUUCUACCUCGGUAAGUGCAGCACAUUCAAGUUUGCCUUGUUGACAAAGAAUGAAUCCUACCCCACAAACCAAAGAACUCUCAGUAAUCAUCACUACCCUCUGAUAAGCCUCAAUCCUCACUCACCACCAUCAGCAAUUAGUUGCAGAAAUGGACACCUUCCAAUAUUAGAAGGAGGAGGAGGCUACUUAAACGGUGGAGUAGAGAUUCUGGGAAGAGUUGGUUAUGUUGGUGGAACCAGUUGUGAUCUGCAGAGAUCAUUGCGGUCUGAAUCAACUGUGUUUGGGCAUCCACAAAUAGAUUAUGUUAUGAAUAUGGAUAUGAUUCUGGGAAAACAAGUUUCUGGUUAUGUUCAUGGAUUCAGUUCUGACUUACAGAUAUCAUCAUGGCCUAAAUCAACUGAGUUUAGUUAUCCAACAACAGGACAUGUUAGAAAUAUGGAUAUGAUGGGGGGAAGAUUUGUUUCUGAAUAUGUUCAUGGAAUUAGUUCUGACUUGCAGAGACGAUCAUGGCCUAAAUCCAGUAAUGUUUUGCGCCUUUGAAAUGAUAAGGUUAGAGAUGAACAUGAUACCCUUAGGCCCUACCAUGCCAGGUGGUUCUGGAGUUGGAAAUGAAGCCCCUCAAUUUCUCAUUCUGGUUGCUAAACUUUUCUUUUGUGGCUUUUGUUGCUUAUCUUUUGGCUUCCUUUGUUGGCCUGCAGCUAAUAGCUGCAUUUGUGAAGCCGUGCAGUUUGGUGUUAACUUGGAUCUCUAAAGUACCUUGUGUUGAAUGAAGAGAAAGAAAUUGAAGGGUGAUGUGGGUCUUAUCUUUUGAGGGACCCACAUGAACAUAAAAA